GAAUGGAAGAGGGGAGUGGGGUGCGGAGCCGCGGGGUGCCCCCUGAGCAGCUCUGGCCUCUGCUCCCCCAGGAGCCAGGCUGUGCGGAUGGAGACGCCAGAGGCCCUGUCUUUGGAGAUUGAGACUGAGUGCCAGGUCCUCGAGGUCUGCUUUGAGCUGAGGAACAGGUUGAAGAUCCGUCAAGGUCCCUGCGAGGAUGAGCUCCCUCUGUCUGUAUUUGUUUGGGAUUUCUUGGACCAUCUGACAGAGCAGCCUGGCAGUUGUGAAACUGACAUGGAGCAGUUUGCAGAGACCCUGAGUGGCCGGGUCACCACGGACGAGGCUUUGCAAGAACUGGUGGACCUCAUCUAUCAACAGGCCACGUCCGUGCCUAGGUUCCGCAGCGGGGGAGCUCGCCUGUGUGGUUACCUGUCCCGUCACCUGACCAUUCGCUCACAGAGGGGCAGCUUCUACGAUGUGCUCCUUCAAAGAUGUCAGGCUGAUUAUGAGCCUAGAGGUCAAGCUGCCAAGGGGGAUGAAGCAGCUCGGAAACGAUUCCACGGGUUCGUGCUCUUUAUGGGAGAACUUUAUCUUCCGCUGGAGAUCGAAGGGGCACAUGGACAGGCUCAAACAGAAUUUCUCCGGGGGUUGUUGGAUGCCCUCCUUUCUCACCCUGUGGACGAUAACCUAAUUUGUGCAGUAAAAUUCCUGAAGCUGACAGGGCCCGCCUUGGAAGAUGCCUGGAAGGGAAAGGGAAGGACGGACAUGGACGAGGUUAUCCAGACGAUUGAGAAUGUUGCCCUGGAAGCGCCCUGCAGUGUUGAUGUGAGGCUGAUGCUCUUGAAGCUUAUAAAGCUCCGGUCAAGUGACUGGGGGAGAGUCCCUGUCACCUCAGCAUCCGAGAGAAGCAGCACCUGAGAAUGAUCCCGACUGUUUGUGACGGAACCGCCAUUGGGUCCAGCGGAUGGUGCUCCUCUCCCUGCAGCUGAUCCCGGUGACCAGGAUUCAUCUCAGGAGUGACCUGAGGGCGGGAGGGGUGGGGGGGAGGGGAGGA